UUGGUUCCAAAACUUUGUAUUGGGGAUUUACAGCAAUGUGCUAACUGUAAUUGCUGUAAGUUCUUGUGAAAUAUGGCUGAAAUUAGACUUAAGAGGGUAGAACAAGGCCAAGUCAAGAUUAGAAAUGUCCCAAUUGCCGUGACGCCGGAAGGUUUUUGGUGCUGCCCUUCUCCUGUUGUGUUUCAAAAGAACCUAAAAGCUCACAAUUCCAUGCACAAACCGAAGCCCUCAUCACCACCACCACCACCACCCAAGGAAGCAGCUCACAGAAAACAAACCCCACUGAGUGAGAAAGAGCUAGCCUUUAUCCCGUCGAGAUCAGCGAGUAUUUCUGAUGGUCUACGGGGUGUUGGUCCUGAGGCGCCGGAUGCGACGGUGGUUAGUGCAUCUAUGGUUCCGGAGAGAGUGCCCAGGCCCAAAGUUGAAAAUUUGCCUAGGAAGGUAGCAAUUGAGUUUGGUGAUCCUGGAACUAGUGAUAUGAAGGUGGUUUUACUUGGAAAGCAGGGAUUUUGCGUGAAGUUGAGCGUUCACAAGAAUGUUCUUGUUGAGCAUAGCAACUUUUUUGCUGAUAAACUUUCUGAACAACAGCCUGGUUCAACUUGUCUUAACAUGGAAGAUUGUGAUGAUGUUGAAAUAUAUGUUGAAACCGUUGGAUUGAUGUAUUGCAAAGACAUGAGGCAACGGUUGAUGAAACAAAGUGUCUCGCGUGUACUCCGCAUUCUAAAGAUUGCAGAACUACUUGGCUUCAACUCGUGCAUGCAGUCAUGUUUAGAGUACUUGGAAGCAGUCCCGUGGGUUGGGGACGAGGAAGAAGAAAAAGUUGUCUCGUCAGUCUUGCGACUCCAAAGUGAGGGUAUUGGGGUCACUCCUGUACUGAAACGAGUCUCGUCCGACGUUUCUAAACCCCAAAAGGACACACUUUCCCACAUAAUUGGACUUGUUCUUGCAAGCAAUGAGGAGAGAGGCAGGCGUGAAAUGAAAUCCGUAGUGCUCAAGCUCCUUAAGGAGAACAACAGUGCCUCAAGCUCUCAAGGUUCAGCUAACGUCUGCAAUGAAACACUAUAUAACUCGUGCAGAAGCUGUGUGAACUUGCUGUUGUCCCUAUUCAAGCACGCUGCAGAGCCAGAGUCUUCUGAUAAACCUGUCGACAACAAAGAACCUGUGGUGAAGCAAAUAGCUUUGGCAGCUGAUAACCUCUCAUGGUUGCUUGAGAUUUUGGCUGACAAGCAAGCCGCAGACGAAUUUGCAGUAAUGUGGGCUAGCCAGCAAGAAUUGGCAGCCUUACAUACGAAGCUGCCUAUUGUAUCUCGUUACCAUGUUAGCUGUAUCACAGCAAGGCUGUUUGUUGGCAUUGGUAGAGGGGAGCUGCUGCCAUCUAAGGAUACCCGUCUGCUGUUGUUACAAACCUGGCUGCAGCCAUUGAUUGACGACUACAACUGGCUGCAACAUGGGUGCCGGUCAUUUGACAGAAAGGUUGUUGAAGAAGGAAUUGGUAGGACAAUCCUCACUCUGCCUCUAGAGGACCAGCAAAGUAUUAUGCUUUCUUGGUUGGGAAGUUUUCUCAAGGCUGGCGACAGCUGCCCGAAUCUUCAGAGGGCGUUUGAAGUGUGGUGGAGGAGAACUUUCGUUAGACCAUACAUGGAAGGACAAGGUAGUUCCGCCCAGUAAGAUAGCUCAUUGACCUCACAGUAGACGUAAAGACUACAGAAAUACUGUAACCAGUGGGAGUAAUGUUUGUAAAAUUAGUGGUGUGCUCCAUAGUAUGUGGAAGAACAGAAGAAGGCUUGGAAUAUUUCUCAUUUUCUGAAGGCUAACAUGACAUAUUUAUGUGUGAAGUCAAAAGAGUGAAGUACUGGAGGAUUUUUGAGAAAUUCCUGGAAGUGAACUGCUUUAUGUGAUGUAAGAAACUGCUUUUGUAUUGGUGAUGUGAUGUGGGUUGAUUGUUUCAUGUGGAAAUUGUUGAAAGAUAAGAGUUACUUGGACUUGUUGCCUCAUGUGAUCAUGUAUAAUGUACCAAGUUUAAUAUUAUCAAGGGCUUUAGAUUAUUUAUAAAUUUCAAGGUCGGUGAUAUUAAACCAA